GGCCUUCCGACCUCAAUUUAGGUGCGACUGUCGCGGGCGGGAGAGCAGGGCGGUGGCGCCAGCGGCAGUGCCAGCGGUUGGGUCGGCCGCAUCCAACCGAAAGGUGGAAGUUUACUGAAGCUGUGAAACGCUCGGUGAGAUUGGCUAUGGAGCUGGUGGACCUGCUGCCAGUGUUGCUGGUCAUCCUGCUGCCGCUUCUGCUGUACAAGUACGGUACACGCAACUACGGCACGUUGGAGAAGCUCGGCAUCCCCGUUAUCCAGCCGUACCCGUUUGUGGGCAGCGUGCCGCGUCCCUGGCGGCUUUACAUCAGGGAAGAGGACAUGCGCCACGCCAAACAGUUCAACGGCGUCUGGGGCGCGUACGCCGGCCCCACGCCCCAGGUGUUCAUCGCCGACCGGGAAAUGGCAAAGCGCGUCUUCAUCAAAGACUUCGAGUUUUUCUCAGAGCGACCGAGUGACAAAUUCGACUUUGCCCCCGCCAAGGAUCUGCUUGACCUUCUGCCGAACAAACGCUGGAGGGUGGUGAGGGCGAUCCUGGCUCCAGCUCUGUCGACGGGCGCUAAACUCAAGGCCAUGAUACCUACACUAGAGCAGUGCGCGCAUGACGCUUGCGCGCGUAUGGACCAGGAGCUGCUCAAGAGCCCCGUGAUCCGAAUCAAGGACGUGCUGUUUGGACCACUGGUGCUGGACGCCGUCGCCCAGUUCACAUUCGGCCUCAAGGUGCCCAACAUCGGCGACCCCUCCGACCCGUUCGUCAAGGCGGCCAAGACGCUGGGCAGCGACGAUGUCGCCAGCCCGUUGGUGUCGGCCCUGCUGUCCUACUCGCCGCGUCUCUGCUCGUUGCUCUUUGCCAAGUUCUUAGUGCCGCCGCUCGAGUUGCUGACCGGUAUUCUACGCAAGACGGUGAAGGAGCGGCGCACGGCCGGCACCGUCCGGGCCGACCUGGUCGGCGCCCUCAUGGAUGCCAUCGACACCAAGGUGCCCACGAAGGAGUUCCGCGAACUAAACAUCACGGAAGACCUACUGUUGCUGCAGGGCGCCAACCUGCUCUUGGACGCGUACGACACCACUGGUAACGCGCUCUCGCUCUGCGCCUAUCAUCUGGCCACCAACCCGGACGUUCUGGCGCGGGUGCUGGAGGAAGUCAACGGCGUGGAGGAGCUGACGUACGACGCGCUGCAGCGAAUGCCGCUGCUGGAGGCCGUACUACAGGAGACACUGCGCGUGUCACCGUUUAUCGUGCGCCACGAGCGCGUCUGCCAGCGUGACUGGCAGUGCGGCAGCCUGCGCGUGCCGGCCGGCGUCUCGGUCGUGAUCCCCGUGUGGCCGUUCCACCUCGACCCGGAGGUGUUCCCGGAGCCGGAGCGCUUCGUGCCGGACCGCUGGCUGGGCGAGCAGGGCCGCCAGCUCGGCCAGUACAACUGGAUGCCGUUCGGCCUGGGGCCGCGCGCCUGCAUCGGCAGCCGGCUAGCUAUCAUGGAGGUCAAGUUCGUGCUGGCCUACGUGCUGCAGCGCUACCGGCUGGCGGCCACCCCGGAGACCCGACUUGAGUACCGCAGGGGUGCGACCAUCUUCGGUAUCAGUCCCAUCUGCCUGAAAGUAGAGAAGUUGUAGACGGGCCUGCGAGCGCUGGUGCGCUCACCUCGUACCUCAGUUUAUGUCCCGAGAUGGAAAUAGCUUGGGAGGAGUCGUGCCUGAUUGCCAAAGACAAAUGCACAUGUUUGGCACUAGUACACGGUCAGAUAGUUCUAGUGCACCGAGGCCUGCAUGCUUGAAGGGCUCACGGCUGCGGAUGGAUCUAGCAAACAACGGACGACUGCAGACAGAAGACCGGAUUGCGGAUUAUAGUUUGAACUAUCACACGUGUGGACUCAAUGUUACGGCACAAGUGUACUACAUAAGGGUAAUGAGACAUGACGCAAGUGCCAGAAACAUAACAAUAUAAGUAGAAGGGCAUUU